CAGCUUGGUCUCCAGUAUUUCUCCACCCCACUUUCAGGCAGAGAAGACCGUACUUAAGCGACGCGCGUUCUUCGCCUAAACAUAUGGCAAAAACACCCCUCAUUCUUUCUUAUAUUAUUGUGCCCACUACUCUUUAAAAAUUCCGCCGAAAAAGAGAAGACGAUUUUCCAAAACCUUCUGGCCGUUAUCUCACGGCUCCCCUGUCUCUGCACAGGUGUAUGAACGCUACCCAGAGGGCCUAGGGGCGGCUCUUUACCGGGAGCACUUCGACUUCAACGCUGAGCCACCUUGGGAUCCUAGCUGAUAGAGGGACAGGUCCAUCUCCUGACUUGUCCAUUUUGUUGCAUACCGGCAGGACCCAUUGGCUCAGUCGUGACCCCCUGACUUCUUAUCUGCUCUUUAUGAUUGUCGGAUUAACGGAAUACGGUUGAAAUGAAAGGACUCGCUGACCAACCCAGCUACAUCAUUGAACUCCUGGAGGGAGGAGUGACUCUAGAAGAUGUCAUUGAUGGACACAUCUGUGAACAGGCUCUGGUGGAGAAGAAUGCGUUUGUGGUGGGUGACCUCGGUGUCCUGAUGCGGCAGCAUUUGUACUGGCAGAGUGUAGUGCCACAUGUGCAGCCCUACUACCCAGUCAAGUGCAACAGCAGCCCUGCGGUCAUUGAGGUGCUGGCUUCCCUGGGUCUGGGCUUCAUUUGUGCCAACAAGGCUGAAAUGAGCCUGGUGCUGGAUCAUGGUGUACCACCAGAAAACAUCAUUCUCUCAGGUGUGUUCAAGCAACUGGCGCACAUCAAGCACGCCGCCAAGAACAGCAUCCAGCAUCUCGUGUGUGAAAAUGAGGCAGAGUUAUCCAAGAUUGGCCGUCUGCACCCUAAUGCAAAGUUGCUGCUGCAGUUGACCACAGAGGCCCACGUGGCUGAGACCAGCAUGGCCUUUGGCUCCUCUCUAAAGAGCUGCCGGCACCUGCUGGAAGUAGCCAAGGAGCUGGGAGUCCAGGUGGUGGGGGUAACCUUCCACAUUCCCAGCUCCUGCCAAGACCUGCAACAGGCCUACACCCAUGCACUGUCAGAUGCCCGCUGUGUGUUUGACAUGGGGGUGGAACUGGGGUUCAACAUGAACAUCCUUGACAUUGGUGGUGGAUUUACUGGUUCAGAGUUUCAGCUGAGACAGGUUGAAACUGCAAUCAGGCCGCUGCUGGAUGCCUACUUCCCCCAACUGUCUGGUGUGCAAGUGUUGGCCCAGCCGGGCAGCUUCUAUGUGGCCUCUGCUUUCAGUCUGGCUGUCAACGUGAUUGGCAAGAAGAUGGUGACCCGCCACUGGGACAGCCUAGCUCAAGGUGACAACAAUGAGGAUACUGAGUUCCUGUACUACAUGAAUGAGGGUGUUUAUGGCCCAUUUGACCGCAAGUUGCUGGGAAACUCCAUUGCUGCCCCGUCAGUACACAAGCAUGUUUUGUGUGCUGAGGAGGCCAUGUAUCCCAGCAGCCUGUGGGGGCCGUCACUGGACCCCUUGGACCAGGUGGUGGAGCACUGCCUGCUACCAGAGCUCAGUGUGGGAGACUGGCUUCUCUUCUCCAACAUGGGGGUGUGCGGCCUAGAGGAGCUUAGCUGCCUCCCCACUGCCUCCCCACUGCCUGUCUACUACACUAUCUCCACCUCUGACUGGUAUGAAAUGCAGGAGGCCGGUGUGGCACUGGACAGUGCCAUGAAGAGUUUCUCCUUCCUCCCGUACAGUGCAUAAGUACCCUCAGCCUCUGUCCCAUACUGUAUUGCACAGAUCUUCCUUACCUCUGCUUUCACCGUGUGAGAGGAGAGGUCAGUGUGGUGUUUGGGAUGAGAGCUGAAAUGUGGUCAACAUUCCAGCCACCUUGGAAAACGCAGUGUCCUGUUAUUUCUUCCAGAAUGUCACUUUUGUACCUCCAGCAAUGAGAGACGGUUGGUUGUUUGAUACCUCAGUUAUUAAAUUUUCCUGGAAGAUGAUCCUAGUUUUGACUCUCUCUCUCUGAAACUUAAAAAUCUGUCCACUAAAAGAACUCUUGUCCAAGCUUUUAUGACAUUAUGCAACAAAAUGGAUGACUCAGUGGAGAUGGGACCCCCCCGACAUGUUUGGGGUGGUUUGUUUCCUAACUAAAAUUCAGUUUACAAAAUGUACAAUUGAUUUAGAUCCAUAGUAUCACAUGCUCUGUAUUGAUUACCUAUCGUAACUCCUGUGUCUGUUGAAAAACCAGUACAUCUGGUCUGUAGACUAUUUUUGAAGUGUUUAAAAGAAUCACUGCCAUGUGUGGAUUCUGCAUCUCAGACUCCUCACUUGGCACAGCUUACAUGAAAUGAUGACAAUGAUGCAUUUCUUUAUUGCCGUUCACUCAAUGCAUUUUUUUUUUUUUUUUUUUAAUUUAUUGAUUCAGAUAUUACCAGGGCAUAUUUAAAGCUCCAUCUGUGUGUUUUUUGCCCAGGUAUUAUUGCUGUGGCCCAUUAACAGUGUUUUUCUGAUAAGUUAUUGAUGUGUUUUUUUUUUUUUUUUUUUUUUUUUUUUUUUUUUUAAACGAUACAUGGAUUACGUGUGCUGUGAUUUCCAUUUGUGACCUCAGUGGUUUUCCUUUACUCGAAAGGCAUGAUGGAAUUACUGUAGGAGAUUACUUCUGUGCUGAGCUGUAGCUUGGAUACAGGAACACUGUAUUCAGUGUACUCUUUGCUCUGAGAGGAUAAAUCUGGUUUAAAAUGCACAAAAUCUUAUGUGGGUUAAAAAAAAAAAUACUGUGACACUUGUCUCUCGUCAAGGGGAUUGGUGUUUGUUCACUAGCUCCUUUGCUGGCUCUGAAAACCAUCAAAGGAAUUUUUUUUUUUUUUUCCUUUUCCCCUGAAACACACUCAAACACAAAUGAUUUGUGUUUGAUGUACAUGAUGUACAUGUCUGUCUUUAAAGUGAGAUGUUCUAGUCGUACACAGACCUCUCUGGGGCAGUGCAAAGGCUAAAUAGCAUAGUAGACCUUUCCUCGUGAAGUCGAGGGACGUCCUGUACAGCUACAUGUUUAAUCAUAUUAAAGAUGACCUGAACCAUCUACAGUUUUUAUCGAAUCCUGCCCGUGUCACAAGUGACUAAUGUAUUACUUUGCUUGUCUAAGGCACUAAUGGACCAUAGCCUGUUUUUGACUGUAAAUUGUGCUCGUUAAAGUAAUAAGUGAUUAAUUUAAUAUACAUUUCUGACAAAUCAUUUUAUCUGGUGUUUGUGUGGUCUUUGGCAUUGGGGGUUGGAAUGGAGGGGAUGGAAAUGAUUAAUUGGUAAUUGUGUUCUGGAUAAAAAAUUUCACUGUAGGCCAACAUAAAUUAAAACAUGGUUUUAAACUGCUGAGGAUUUAGCAGCCAAGGAUGUCCUGCACCAACCAAAAUAUAAUAAAAGGAGUUUAGUAC